CGCAGUGAAAUUUUACUUCAAUUUUUAUCACGAAAAUACGUAUCUUUUAAAGAUAAAAUUACCCCGAAACUCGCACAAGCUCGAUUGUGCUAGCUUGCCCUGUAGUGAAGAUGAAUCUGAAUGAAGUGAUAUACGUCGGGAAUGUCCCGAAGCAAGCGACCGAUGCGGAGCUCGUCGAUUUUUUCAAAGAUGUCGGACGAGUCGUAAAGGUGUCCUUUAUGCGGGAGAUGCGAAACGACUGCCGGACCAAGAUAGCGUUCGUCCUGUUCGAAAACGAAAUGCAGGCCCUGAAAGCUUGCAGCUUCGAUCAGACCAUCUUCCAGUGGAACCGGAUCAUCGUGAUGCUGGUCAACGAUGAGCGCCACUUCUGGGCCGGGCAUACGGUUAUCGUGCGGAAUAUUUCGUCUGAAACCAACGAGGAAGACCUAUUUGAUGCAUUCGGGCGAUACGGCACAAUAGAGGCUGUCCAGAUUCCGACGUGCAACUUUGCCUACAUUGGAUUCCGCGAUAAGUCGGCAGCGGUUGCAGCUCAACGUUUGAACAAUACCACGCUUGGCAAGACCAAGAUUACGGUUCAAGUCUCGCAGCGGAACAUGCGUGUGAGGUUGGAAGAUUUGGACAGCUUUAAAACACCACGGGUCUACAAUGAGCUUAUGGAUGCCAAACUGAAGUACGAUUAUAAUAAUGACGCCAGUGUAUCGGAAACGGACAAAACGGCUCCUCAGACUCAUCAGGCUUUCGACGACUACGAGGACGACGAGGACAACCGAGUCUAUGAUCCGAUUACGAACCGUUUCUAUGAUAAACCAAAGACGAACGAACCUAUGAGAGAACAUAGCUUCGUUGAGGAAAUUAUUGACGAUGAUGAUGACGAGGACAUUUUGGUUCCACCUUCGGUUUCGUGGUACAAGGACAAGGAUGAAGGGACAGCAGUGUCGAUUGAUUUGGUAUCCCCUCAGCAUUCACCCGAACAAGAUGUUUUUCAGGAAGAAGAGGCGGAUGAUGAUGUCGAAAUGUCCUCGGUGGAGAUCAGACGACGGGACAUCGACUUCGGGAAAUCUGUUCUGAUACCGAUUUCUAAAAGCGCAGUCCGGGUGGAAAAUAUUCCGCGGGAGGUGUUCGACGAAGACAUCGUGCGAUACUUUACCAAGUUUGGUUUGGUUACAAGCAUCGAGAUUGCACAGUCGUCGAAUUGUAUAUUUAAUAAGGUCUACACCAUUAUCUACCAGCAUCAAUCGGUCGCGGAAAAGGUGGUGGAGUGUUUCAAGCGAAAGUGUGAAUUUUCCGGUGUUGUCUGUUCGGUGUUCACGUUACGGCCGGAGGACGUCCUCCAGGAAGUGUCCGGCAAAUGUGUCAUCGUAGACUACAUUUCCGACAGUAUCGUAUACGAGGACGUGGUAGACGCUUUCCGCCAUGUCGGACAAGUGGUCUAUUUGAGAAAAACGGCACGCAACGCGACGCCGAGUGUUGUCUAUUUUCGCCAUCGGAUUUCGCUGGAUCGUGCCAGGCAGGUGACGGACAUCGACGGCGAUAAGGUGCGGGUGGUGCCCUUCAGUCAUGAUGCGUUCCGUAGGUUCACUUUGGAGAAUAGCACCCUGAAGGGUGCCAGCGCACCGUGCGGAAAGAAACCACUGAAGAAGCUACGCCUGACCGAUAUCGAGAUGAAGGAGGAACAGGAACGGAUCAAGCACAUGAUCCUGAGGACGGUGUACAAUCCAAACUAUCGGAAUCCGGACCCAAAGAGUCUGGGCAAUGAAGUCGUUAUCUACAACUGCCCCGUAAGGACAUCGCUCAAAGACCUUCGCCGGCACUUUAUCAGCAUAGCUUUCGUCACUCACAUGCGCUGGGAGCAGAGCCGCUUCGAUACCAACACGCGGAAGGUGUACGCCAGCUUUUGCUCCUUCGUCGAUGCCUUCAAUGCCGUGCGCAUGAAGGGACCCAUGGAUAACUAUCCUAUCUUCAAGCACUUGGCUAGCGAGAAACCGAAGCUGGAAACGCUGGAGACGGUGCAGAUCGAUUGUGAACAAGAUGAUAUCUCUGUGACCAAAAUGUACAACUCGUUGGUGGGACGCGGAGCCAUCACGUUUGUCGAUAAAGUGGAUCAUAAUAAGUUUCUGGUUAUCUGCCGAGAUUCCAAGACAGCUAAGAAAAUUAUUCAGGUGAAGACUCUUGCCAAAAGUGCCAUUAAAGCAUCAUUGUAUCGGGAUGUGAUUAAUCAAAAGAAUACUCAAGAUCUUCCAACGCCCAUCCGGCAGAGGGAUGGUUCUCCCGAACAACGUAAUCAGCAGCAACCGCGGCACACCGAAGCAUCAUCUCGUCGGAAUCUUCCGAUUCCGAUGGAUGAUCUCAUUGCCAUGCAGAAGCGAAUUAUGAACGAUGAGUACGAGGAUCGCCGUCCUCCAUCGCGGGAUGGCCAUCGCCAUGGUCCAGCGCACGAUAACGAAUGGGAGCGGGAUUUCGAUCGCGGCGGCAGACGUUCUCCUAGCUUUAGGAGAAACUCAAUCGAUAUGGAUAUCACUGACGAUCAACCGGAACCAGCUGCACCAUAUCAUCGCCACGGUCAAGAAUUUUUGAGAAAUUACGAGGAACCACAUUUCAAUCCAGGCUAUCAAAACGACUACCAUCGUGCGCGGGAAGAGACUCUAUUUUUCACCAAUCCUCCAGCGCCAAGCAUGCUUCCGCUAGGAGGGCCACCGAGGGAUUAUAUUCAGGGCUGGGCGCCUGUAGGGCCGAUGUACGAGCCCCCAGCCAUGGUCCCAGCUCCCGUUACCAGGAAUGUAUUCAUACCACAACCACCGGCACCGGGAACGGGCAUUGUCGGAGGUCCACUUGCGCUACCCCUUCCCACCAUAACGAUCCAUCGUAUUCAACCGGAUGUUCCACCGCAUCCGGUACCGCAACAGGGUGAUCUCCGUGAAUACUUAGCGGAGAAAAGAAACACCCGACCCCGGGACACCUACGAUCCGACGGAAGAGUUAGAUCAUCAAUUAGAUGAUCUCAACUCUGACCGACCAGUCGCUCCCAAAGAGAUAGAUCGCAUAGAGAGUUACAUUCGCGAAAAGGAAAGGCAAAUCCAGAAUCGUCUACAUCUGCUAGACAAACAGCUAACCGACGUCGGAGGACCAUCGCAAGCCAGCCAUUCUCGAGAGCGAGAGCGCUCUGUCUCGCCAAGCGAUCGCAAGGCACAAGAGCGCAUUAAGCAAAUUCGCGAGGAAAAGGUAAAUGUAACCCGGCAAUUGAGCCUCUUGCUUAGGAUGCCUAAUUAUCGGGAAUCUCGCGAAUUUAUCGCCCUCUGUGAACAUCAAUCGGCACUCGACAGGGAGUGCACCGACAUUAAACGACAACUUGAAGCGAAGAAGUUGUGGCUUGCCGAGAGAGCCCGUUCUCUAUCUCAGGAAACGAACAAGCAGCAACAGGCGCAUCCACCAAAGAGUCGAUCUCGAGAACGGCGCAGUCGGAGUUUAUCACGAGGAAGACGUCGUCUAUCUCGUAGCCGUUCCCGUGAACAGCGCGAUCGGGGGAUCAACAUUCGGACCCGCCGGUCACGUUCACCCGAUCGCUAUCGCCGAAACCGAUCAACAUCGAGGGAUCGCGCAAGACAUCGUUCUAGGUCGACCGAGCGUGGCCGGCGCUACAAUCGGCGACCUGAGAACACCAGAAGACCUGAGUCGCUUAUGCGCGAGAUGCGUCAACUGGGACGUGCACGGGAAGGAAAAUCCGACCAAUGCGUAUUCAUUGGCAACAUUGCUGAAGGAGUUCGUCAGGAAGAAAUGAAAGCAACAUUCGCCCGCUAUGGAAGGCUCGUUGAGUGCGAUUUUAGUUUACUGGAGAAGUAUGGUGAAAUCUACAUCGAUUACUACCAGCGGGAGGAUGCUUUCAGGGCCCUCGAAAUGAACCGAGUCAAGUUCAACGGCAAACGAUUGCGCGUGGCUUUGAACUGUCGAAAGCCGGCCAAUCGAGAUGGGUACAGUGUGAUUGUGGAAAUGUCGGAACCCGUUCCCGAACGUGACCUGUAUGCCCGCUUCGAUAGCUGCGGGGAAAUAGAGUUUAUCUGGCACCAUGAUAAUUCCACGCUCGCUACCAUUACAUUCGAGAGACCUGAAUCGGUGCUGAAGGCAUUGGCCAUCAGAGAGCUGCAUAAUCGCAUUCCAAUCAUAGUCCGAGAGUAUGUGGAAAGUGAACGUUGAAUGAUUUUAGGUGUUAGAAUGUAUGUACAGGAAUUUUAAAACAUACAUACCACUGCUCGUAAAAGCAUAACGGUCACAUCUUUGCUUGAUUUCCUAUUCAAAUGGGACUGCUAUGCGUUUAUUGGUAGUAUAGUAAGGUGGCAUUGAAGACGCAACCGACGGAAGCCAUUGAGUGUAAGUAUCUCAUUAUAGUAUUUUUACCUGCCCGUUUCAAUAAAUAAACCACCUGAACAUUACUGAUCGUUCCAAUAUUCACUUGCUUCGAAACUCUUUGAAACCCUGAAAUGUUUCUCCUGACUUUCCUUCUGUAAAUGGUCUGACAGUAGUUAAUCCUUGGAGUAAGAUAAAGAGUGUACACAAU